AUUGUACGAAAGCUGCCAUCGGAGCAAUUGCUGAAGUAAUACCCGCCACAUGUUAUAGAUUAAUUGCUGGAGCAAGCAGAAAUUCAACUGCCACCCAGAGGCGGGGCUAGCAUGGGCCAUCCCUUGAAAAUCUUCAAAGUCAACUAAUAUUAUAGAGCCCCGCAGUUACAAUAGCCACCUGCAGCCGCAGUUAGCAGAUCAUUCGACCAAUGUCGAUGUGCUCUUCUUCUUCGUCGUCGUCGUCGUCGUCGGCCAAGUUAUGGAUUGUGCAUGGUAUUGUGGCUGGUGCUGCGAUAGCUGCUGCUUUCGGUGCUCGUGCUUAUCUUGGUAGAUCCGGAAAGUUCCGAAGCCGGGUUGUUGGAAUCAUUCCUGCCCGUUUUGCUUCCUCUCGAUUCGAGGGCAAGCCACUAGUUCAAAUUCUAGGGAAACCUAUGAUUCAGAGAACUUGGGAAAGAGCAAAAUUAGCUACUACCUUGGAUCGCAUAGUUGUGGCAACGGAUGAUGAAAAGAUUGCAGAGUGUUGUCGUGGAUUUGGGGCAGAAGUGAUAAUGACUUCAGAAUCUUGUAGAAAUGGCACGGAGAGAUGCAAUGAAGCACUUGGAAAGCUAGAAAAGAAAUAUGACGUUGUUGUCAAUAUUCAGGGGGAUGAGCCUCUCAUUGAACCCGAAAUAAUAGAUGGAAUUGUUAAAGCACUGCAGGCAUCCCCAGAUGCAGUGUUUAGUACUGCUGUAACAUCUUUAAAGCCUGAAGAUGCAUUUGAUCCCAAUAGAGUGAAAUGUGUGGUGGACAAUCGAGGUUAUGCUAUUUAUUUUUCAAGGGGACUCAUUCCGUAUAAUAAGUCAGGAAAAGUCAACCCACAAUUUCCAUAUUUGCUUCAUCUCGGAAUUCAGAGCUAUGAUGCAAAGUUUUUGAAGAUAUAUCCAGAACUUAAACCUACUCCACUACAACUGGAGGAGGAUCUGGAGCAGCUGAAAGUCCUUGAGAAUGGUUAUAAAAUGAAGGUGAUAAAAGUUGACCAUGAGGCACAUGGUGUUGACAUUCCAGAGGACGUUGAAAAGAUUGAAACUUUGAUGCGUGAGCAAAAUUUGUCCUAGUUUAUACAAACCAAAUUAGACCAUUAAGUUGGAUUAGAUUAUAUGCUUCUGCUUGUAUGAAUCCGGUAUAAGUUGGAAUAGCUGGCAUUUGGUUCUUUGAACAUUCCACAUACUUUUUCUUUUUUCUUUUUUUCUUUCUUUUUUUUCCUCUGUUUGUUUUGAUAUCAUAUUUACAUAGCAAGUAUUAUGAAGUAGGAUGCAACUUUUUGCAUAUUUCUACCAAUUGCCACACUUGGAGUUGUGUGAUUUUGUAUGCAGCAAUAUUUUUCUUAUUGCAGUUGGACCCUCAUUUCUUUUUACUUUGUUAUCUAAGCCUUUCAAAUUCAAUUGGUCAAUCAAAUUUCUUACCGUCAUUGUUUCUUGAGAAAUUAUUUAUUGUAUGUACAAUAAAUUUAUCAGAGCAAUUGAUCAUGGCAGUCUCAUAUGGUGUAAACAUUGUACAUACAACAGUUACAUUGAAUAACGCUAUACAUUUCAUUGCUUUAUGUUUCUCAAACAUUUAGUAGAGUUUGAAAGAGAGGCAAACUGAGCAAGUAUAGGGAAUCUGUUGGCCUACUUAACCUUGUGAUUAUACAUGUAACCUUACUCGAUUACUUUCAGUCGAUCAUUAUAUUAUUAAGGACUGAUACUGCCAUUGCCUUCGGUUCUACAGUGUGAUCCAUUACUUGCAGUGGGAUUCAAGUGCAAAAUCAAGGACUGAGGUGAAAGGAUUUCCAUCAAGCAUUGGUUUACAGUAGUAGACUUGUGAUCAUCAACACUUGUAGUUCUAGGCCAAUCGGCAUCAGAAUAAGCCAACACCAUUUGCUAAAAGAAGUAGCCAGCAAUGCAUGAUUAAUAAUAACUUAUAGAUAGUGUGUUAAAUCUGUUGAUUGCAGUCUAAUGCGUCUCUGUUGGAGCGUGUCUAAAGUAGGAAACCUUGUAAAACAACACAAGAGAGCUCCUAACCAAAUGUGUUGAUGAGAGGUUCUGAAGGGUGAAGGCCUCCAGCCAUCUUUCCAUAAUUCGGUGGAUUUGGGCCUUAUUUGGUUAAAUAGUUUGUUUUUUAAAAAAGUUAACUGACUUAAAAGUUAAAUGCUUUGAAGUUAUUUUAAUUUUUUUAGGAUAUUUAAUAGUUUAAAUUAAAAUAGAGAUUAAUUAAUAUAUUUUUAAAAUAUUUUAAAAUAUUUUUUAAAAUAUUUUUUUAAAAUUGAUGUAUUGCUAAUAAUUUUAUAUGAGGGACCAAAAAGUAAUAUUUUUUAAUAAUAAUCGGGAUUUUUCUCGGGAUCGGGUGAUUCCCAUCCUGCCUUCGGCCCUUGGCGGCUGCGCUCGUCGUGUCUCCCUGUAAUUGCCAUAUUCACUAAUAAAGUAGUAAUUCACUUUUAUCUUUCUCAGUCUAUCGCCAUAUUCCCCUGAUUACCAUAGCUGUGCUCCCUCCCGGUUUGUCUGUAUCUCUCAUCGCCAGUCUCGCCGUACCAUAACUGCUGUAGUGCAGAUUCACGGUACAGCUGAAACUGGGUGGCUGAGAGGUGGAGAAGAGGAAAAAAGGAAGAUGUAGCAGAGGAGGCCAUCUGGAACUGAUGGCUCAGAUUUCUCGUAUAGGAUGGUCGUUGAUUCCCGUUAUACAAAGGUAGCCAAAGGAAAGUCUCGUCUCUGUGCACUGAUCUUAACUCAGGUUGUCAUUCAAUUGAUAGGACUGCUAUAUAUUGUUUUAUAAAUACCAAAGGAGAAUGGUCCAAGAAUACUUGCUGUUAUGUCUUCCAUCAUUGGGCUGAUUUCUCUUGUUAUUGGGGAAUUAGGUCGAAGACGCAGUAGAGUAGGUUUCUUGAGAGUUUAAGUCAUCAUGUCAUCUAUUGCAAUACUUUUCUCUGUAUUUUGUGCCAUUGGCAACAAUUCAGAGGUAAGUUUGUUUCAUUACUUUUGAGAGCAAACGUUGGUUUAGUAUUGAUUAUUCCUUUUGACAAGAAGUUAGAUUGGAAUAUCUUCCACCCUUGGAAAAAACAGUUAUAUGUAGGUCCCAAAUCUGCUAACGAUUCUUGUUAAAUGUUACUAAAUAUUAGAAUGUCCGAUUGUGCCAAGUCAAGAUGCUAUUAGGUGCUUUUUUCUGGAUGAACUAUAUGUAGCAACCUGAAGUAGAUUGAAUUUGGCAUAAACAGGAAAAGCAUUUGGUGCUUCUUUUUGUCCCUCCAUUUAAACAUUGCAUUUUGUCAGGUGGGUAUGUAACAGCGUCCAUGUUAAAAAAAUGAACACAUUGGAGCUGUGUUUAACCCUAUAGUUCUGAAGUGGUGAUUGCCAUAAAAAAAUCUAACAGAAUUUUUUUCUGCCUAAGUUAUUUGGAACCUGAGUGAAAUGGAAAGAAAGAAGUGACUUGUUGAAGCAAUUCUGCGUGUGCUGGGAUUGCUUGUGCAGAUAUUUACUAUUGGCACUAUAAUUGCACUAAUUGCUGGCGACUUCCUAACGAUCGGUGGAUGACAAAUGAGCACCAGCGACUCCUUAAGGGUAUCGACAGCAAGCAAAAGCAGUAUUGAGGGCUGGUAGUGGCACACGAGAGAGGAAAUAUGACCGAAGUUUCUCCGGUCAUUUUUUAUCGUUUCUGGUGUAGCAUCAGUAUAGCUCGUCGGCGUUGGACUUUUGAUGACUUCAUUUUCAUUUUUUUAUUUUCAUUUUUCGAUUGGUGGUGCAACUAGAGGUAGCCAGAAAUGACAGAUUGAUGGUAGAUUUCUAAAUUUGUUUGGAUCGAGUAUGUUUUCUUUUUGGUAUUUAUUUAGAUCGAUGGAAUUUUCCUAGAUUUAUUGUUGAUGUAAUUUACCAUUGCAAUUUUACGGGUUUCAAAAGUUUACAGCUAGAA